AGGGUGACAUACAAUUCGAGUGCGACUGCGAAUUUUCUUACGGAAAUAGCGGCUUCCGCGAUAAAUACCAAUCUGCCAGUUGUGACUUGUUGAACGCUUUAAAUAAAAGCGGCAUUUUUGUGGGACUGCUAUUCGUUAAGUAUAACUAUGAAACGGCUAGGAGGCAUAACCUGUUUGGUGAACAAUUGGAAGGAAGAGAGAAGGACUUUCACCAUGUGUGCGCUGUGCACCAAGUCAGGUGGAAAAAUGUGGGCAUAAUUAUCACAGCUUCGCAUAACCCCCAUGAUGAAAAUGGAGUAAAAAUAAUUGACCAAAAUGGGAGACAAAUAAAUGAAGUAUACGAAAGUUAUUUAACCGAUCUGGUAAAUAGGCAUUUGACAUUUCUUCGAAAAAAUGAAAAAUGUUCCAUCCAUGACAUUGUCGAUGAUAUAAUCGACUGCAUUGCUAAUCUCUUCAAGGAAGAAGCACACAUCGACAUGUACGACGAUGUCGCUUUUGAGAGUUUGCGCAAAUUGGACAACAUAGUACACUGUUUUAAUAGGCAUAAUGUGCUGAAGGCGAAUGUGUGCAUAGGGUUUGACACGAGGAGCAGCUCCGUACACCUUAACCAGAUCCUUGUCGAAACGUUGAGACAGUUGAACAUUUGCAAGUGCGUAAAUAAUAUGUGUUAUGUUACCACGCCAUGCAUGCACUUUGUUGUGUAUUUUUUUAACGCAGUUAAUGUGGAUGAAGUGUUGGACCCUGAAGUCAUCAAUUCGGGGGGGUGCACUCUGCAUAAGGAAGCGGGCGACUUGGAUUACCUUGGCGGUUUGUGUAUCCCUGGGGGAAGGUUACCCUCCAUGGAGCUGUACUACGGAGGGGGCGAACAGCCAUAUGAUACACAUUCACUUGCUGGGGAGGAGGUAAGCAUGCUGCAAAAAAGUGAUGCCACCCACCUGAUGGCUUAUAACAGUGACCGGAUUUACUUCGCCUACUUUAUUCACGCCUUCAAAAAGCUGUACAGAUUCCUUGACGAAAGAUAUGACAGCGCUUUGACGAAAAAUUGUGAAGAAGAAAUUAUUUAUGUGGACUGCUCCAACGGAAUAGCUAGUCUUAAAUUGGACAAUUUUUGUGAUGUUUUUAAAAUGUUAAAAAAAAAAUUAUUAAAAUAA